CUGUGCUCUCUCCUCCCCUCUGUCUUGCGUCAUUGUACACACACACACACCUACCAGGCAGAGACGAAGACAGAGGAACACACAGACACAUUCAGCAUCCUUUCAGUAGCAGCUUAGCAUCAGUAUCCAGGAUUGUCCAACUCACUGUCAGCAUGGCUGAAGGUUCGGGUGAAGUAUCACUGGCAGAUGUUGAAACAGCAUUUCAUAAAUUUGCAGUUCAUGGAGACACCAAAGCGAUGGGGAAGGAGAUGAACGGAAAAAACUUUAUCAAGCUGUGUAAGGACUGCAAGGUCAUCGAUGACAAAACUGUCACCAGCACGGAUGUGGACAUCAUCUUUAGCAAAGUCAAGGCUAAAUCAGCACGUGUCAUCACAUUUGAGCAGUUCACUCAAGCCAUGGCUGAGUUGGCCACAAAACGUUUUAAAGGGAAGAGCCAGGAAGAGGCAGUACAGCUUCUCUAUGGUCUCAUUGCUGGCAAAGAACCCGCCAAUGUUGGUGUCACUAAAGUGGCAAAAGCCUCUGCUGUAGACAGGUUAACAGACACCAGCAAGUACACUGGUUCUCAUAAGGAGCGCUUUAAUGAGUCGGGAAAGGGAAAAGGCCGUUCAGGGAGGGAAGACAUCCCUGAUGCCAGCGGCUACGUUUCAGCAUACAAAGGCCAAGGCUCCUACGACAGCAAAGUAAAAGAGGAUGAGUGAAAGGAAAAGAUGAAUGCUGAAGAAUGCUUUAUGCAUGACAUAAUGAGCAUAUGUUUGAAGUCUUCCUGGUUUUAUUUCAGCAGCUGUGUCGUGGCUUGCCUACAAAAACAAACCCCUGGCUAAAACCUUGCACGAAAACCAGUGUCUUUAUUACUUUUACACUUGCGAGCACUUCACAGUUAAUGUUCUACUACCAUUAUAAAUCACUCUUUGGUGAUGCUUGUUUUUUUUUUUACACUGGUUCUUACCACCAUGUAGCGACCUGCCUGUCUGUCCAUACCUGCUAGCUACCUGAAAAACAUCCAUUUGAAUCCCAGGGAACACACAUGCUGAUAAGAUACAUAUCUUGAAUGCAAGCCAUUUUAGACAAAUAAAUUAAUGAGAAUUUAAGACAAAAACAAAAACAAAUAAUA